GUGAGAUAGUGUUUUUGUUAACUUAAUAAGUUAUUGAUAGCUGUAAAUCUUCCUAAAACAAAGUAUAUAAAUAAAUACUACUACUAUAAGUUUUUAAAAUUUAUUUUUUAAUAGCGCCAGUAGGUUUUUUACACUGCAGCAACUUUAUUUCGUCUUCUCCUCGCGUCGAAUUACAUUCAAAUCAUCAAGGAGUCUUUUCAUACUAGGUUUAGUGUCGUGGGCUUUCGCACAAAAUGGCCAACCUUGCGACUCGUUUAUCCUUAUUUUACAUCUCGUACAUUUUUUUCUUAAAAAAAAAUAUAUAAUUUUCAUUUUUACUCGUAAUUGUCUCACUCUACAUUUUCUAAUAUAGAAAUGAUAGGCAGAAUAUCCAUUACAAGCAAAAAAAAAUCCCUUAAAAACGUCAAGUGUCUAAGCCUAUGAAAGGCGAAUUUUCAGCCCACUGUGUCGUGAUUCCGUGAGUGUCGCGGUGCGAUCGCGUCAUUCCAGAAUGUCUGUGUCUGUUUCUAGUAUUGUCGUAUUGUGUGUAUACAUGGCGCGUUUCCAAAUAUCUGCAUUACUAAUGGAAUUUGUGCGUACACGCAAUGUAAGUAUUUUAUAUUUAUGAUACUUGCGGCUGUAGGUACUUGGAAACCUCUGUAAAAAAGAGAGUUCGCUCCCUGACACGGACACGCAAGGCCGGAUUUAGACAUGUGGUUAUCUUGUUGGGGCCCCUGGGCCCCUGCCUACACUGCCUUAAAUCCAGCCCUGCGGACACGACACACUACUGUACGCGCCUAUAUAAACACAUGCAUGGUACACACAACGACCACGACACUUGCAGUCACUAGAAUUACUAACGACACAUAACACACCACUAAAGUCAACACUACACCUUCACCACACAUAUUUAAUGUACGCUUUAGGGCUUACGCAUAUAUUUUUUCUAACUACUGACUGUUUGUAAGCAGACAAACACAAAGAACGUAAAGCCGACGACAAUAAAAAAACAAACAGUGACAUUAAAAGAGUCAGCCUUUUUAACUUUGCACUUCAGCUAGACGCUUAGAUUCCAAAGUACCUUUAACUUGUGCAAGGCAUUACCUACUCUGACCUUUUGCCCUAACCCUACCUACUUACCUACAGAAACACAACACUGUCAAAAACGUACGUAGCGUUAUUUUCACUGGGAUUUUCUUUAUGGAGUGGGUUUGCUUCCCCUGUCGGUUGCUCCAAUUCGAGCGGGUAUUCCGCUUUGCCCUACCUUGUCUCAAAAUGAUAUAGAGAUACCUAUAAAAAAAAACAGUCAUCUAUAAUAUAGUUUUUUUUAAAUUAAAUUAUAAACUCGUAGGUUUAAGAUUAAUUUGCACCAUCUUAAGUUUUUUUUUAAAUUAUUUAUAAGGCCUAAAUGACAUUUUUAGUAUUAGUAUGUGCAAUCAAUCUGCUAUCUGCUCUUAUUGUUUGUAUUUGCUUAUGUGAGGUACCAACCUGCCUAUGGUAUAAUAUUGCCGCAUAUUGUUUUAUAAAACAGGUGUACCGAUACGGCUGUUAAAAUAUGUGGCAUUCGUGUUGGCGCUAAUUCGGAGACACGUAGCGACUCAAACGUCAACGAUAUGGGAACAAUGAUAAGCACAAUAUCUUCAAUUUGGUGGCAAUGGUUCGUGCAUGUAAACGACAUCAAUCAGUUGUGGGCUGCGCAGCCUACGUACAUUAUUUCGCAGUCUGUCUAUCUUCUCGCAGGCGUUGUAACUCUUAUACAUGCUUUCAGGAAGGGUGGUAGAUGGCCUUACCUCUGGUUGGGUACGGUGUUGCACGGCCUGUACAGCGACAACUUUUGGCACAUCGUUCUGCCAGACUACGACAAUUUCUGGCAUUCACAAACGCCUCUCAUCUUCCUAGGAAAUAGACUGCCAUUACAUAUUAUAUUACUAUACCCCGCGUUCAUUUAUCACGCGGCUUACGCGGUGUCCAAACUGAAGUUGCCGCGAUACGCAGAGCCGUUCGCCGUCGGCUUGGUGACGGUGUUGAUCGAUAUCCCGUACGACAUAGUCGCCGUGAAGUUCGUCCACUGGACGUGGCACGACACAGACCCGAAUAUCUACGACCGCCAUUACUGGGUGCCGUGGAACUCGUACUACUUCCACGCAACAUUCGCCGCUAGCUUCUUCUUCUUCUUCGACGUAACCAGAAGGUGGCUGGCGCCCAAAGUUGCUCAGUGGGAAUCGGCUGGCAAAAAGACAGAAUGGAAGGCUUUAUUGGUAGCUGCGCUGUUGGGAAUGCCUGGAGGAGUCUUGAUGUUCGUACCCAUAUACCAUCCACUCCAUGACAUAUACAAUAUUCACUCUGAGGUGACCUUCUUCUUGCUGUUUUCUCUAUUUGGGAUUUUCAUCGUCAAUGGGCUGCUUAGUGACAGGGAAAAAGUCAAGGAAAGAUUGUCGGCUAUCGACUACGUCCUGAUACUCCAGUUGGCUGUACACUAUUCGAUAUACUGGGUCUUCGUAGUAUUCUUCAGCCCAGAGAAGGAAUGGUCCCUCGGGUUCCACGAACCAGUCGGGCCUUGUGAUGACAUCUCGUAUCUGACCACAGCAUUUGGACAGACUCUACCAAAGCGCAAAUACUUAUGUGUCGAUAACUACGAUGAAAAGUAUUUUGACUUCAGCUGCGUGAGUGGCCAAAAGCCGGCCAAUGGGGCCUCGUGGUAUCUCAUAUGCGGUACCCCGUUCCAAAAUCGUGCCGAAUACAUCACUGUUCUGUCGACAAUUUUGGUUGUGGCGACGGGUGUUUUCUACUGCCUUUAUUUCAAGACGGCACCCGCGGCUCCUCCUCAGAAGAAAGUUAAAACAAAGUAAUUUAUUAGUGACUAUGAUAGGACCUCUUUGUAACGGGUUUGUGCAACUCGAUACUGUAAUAACUUAUUUAAUAUUUAAAAAUAAAUCAAUUUAUUAAUUUUAGACUCACAAACCGACAAAUAAGUCAACUAAAUUAAAAGGAGAAGUCUUUUAAUAUUGACAGCAUGAACUUUAAUCAAACUAAAAAAAAAAAGACUUUAAUAAUGCGAGUCAUCUAUCUAUCUUCUAUAAUAUAAAAAUGAAUCGCUGAAUUUGUUGCUAAGCGCAAAUCUCGAGAAUAGCUGAACCGAUGUCGAUAAUUCUUUUUUUAGAAUAUUCCUUGAAGUAGGAGGAUGGUUCUUACGCAGAGAAAAAUUAAAAAAAAUGCCUUAAUAAGUCCAAAAACAACACUUUUCUAUUAUUUUAUUUUAACCCGUACGAAGUACGCGGGGUCAAGUAGUUAGUUAUAAAUAAUACAGUUAAGAUAACUUGUUUUGAAGCUUACAAUACUCCUGGCAAUUCCUGAUUAAAAUUUAAGAUAGUGUAAACCAGCCUUAACGUAGUCGAGUAGCGUGAUUUUGUUCUGAGCUCCAUAGAAACUAAUAUAGAUCAGUAUCAGUGACAAAUAGCUAUUAGACGAAAAUAUUUGAAUUUCUUAUUGUUCAUUGACAGAGCUAUAGAGUAAUCUCUUUCGUCUAGUGUCUCUCUCACAGUGGUUCGUUAACCAUCGUAUGUAAACAGUAACAUUUUUUUUUCAUAUUGCAUCACUAGUAGAUAGUUCUUAACUUCGAUAGUUAAGUGGGUAGAGUAAAGAUUUGUUUAUUAUUAUUAUUUAUUUAAGGGAAUUUACCUAUAUAAUAUAAAUGUAUGUACCUGUAUCAUUAAACGAAAAAGCUUCUUAAGUGUUAUAAAAAUAAAGUCUGUUUCCUUACCACGGCUUUUGAAUAUGUACCUUAGUGAGUUCAUACGCGUUAAAUUACAAGGUAAUUAUAAAGUAUGCAAUCGUCGCUUUUUUAUUUCUUAUUUUAAUAGAUAUGUGAAGAUUUUGUUCGAUAAUUUGGAAAAUAGAUUAAUUUAUUUCAUUAGCAGUUUUACGAUUUUUCAUACUUAGAAAUUAAUAAAUUUGAUGUUGCA